AUGAGUGAUUUAGCAUAUAACUUACUUAUUAUCUCACUAGAAUCUUUGAUUUGCAAAAAUAUAUACAGCCAUAGGAUACUUUUUUUUGCAGAGCUCCCUGAUAAAUCCUCAAAGGAGCCUGUAUUAGCAACAAAUCAGCCUGAAUUAGCAGAAUCCCAAGAUUCUCGUUCCAACCCAACAAACUCUAUAAAUCCUCCAGAAGUAUCAUCUCAAGCUCCACUUACAAGCCAAAAUUCAAAGUAAACUCCAAAUAGCACUAUCCCAGAUGCUCCUCCUCAGCCAAGCUCUCCCAAUCUCAUCAAAAAAGCUAACUCAAAAAAUGACCCUGAAGACAGCAACCAAAAAGAGCAUGUCUCAAAAUUGCCUCACAGAAAAGAAAAUAUCUCUACAAUUCCUAUGAAAAGGUUUAGAUCAGACUCGACAGAUAAUAGCGAUGAUUCUCCUAAUAAGAGGAAGCCUCACAUUCCUGUUUACUCUCUUCCCAGUCAAUACUCUUCAAUAAAUAACUUGAGGGAAAGUUACAAUAAAAAUCCUGAGCGUGGGAGUAUAAGGCUUCAACAAGUGCAAGAAAAUAGACCGUUGCCGAUUAGCCUUGGAAAUAUUCAAGGGGAAACUAAUAAAGCUAGUCAAAAUAUAAAACAAAUCGAAUUAAAGCCGAAAACAGGCUAUGUUUUGAAAAAAAUCAAAGAGCUGCCUAUAAGAAAAGCUUAUCAAGGAAUUGAUAGUGUGGAGAAACGACUUUUGCAUCCUUAUGAGCCUGCAGAACAAUUUCAAGAGGAAAAAGCACUGAAUCCUGAUAAAAAUGACGAUUUUUGCAUGGAUGUUGAAGAAAAUCAUUCAAGAAAUGACUUAGCCGGAAAUGAAGACAAAAAUGAAAUUUAA